AUGUUGAAUCCUAUCACUAAAGAACGGGAAUUCAAUGGGGUUUUUGGUGCUUUAGCCAUUAGUUUAGGACUUCCAGCUCUUAUCACAGUCUUCGGAUUAAUUUUCAAUUCUGAAGGUUUCAAUCCUAACUUUAAAUUGGAUCUUUCAUUUAAUGAUUUCUUUAAUUAUGAUGCAUGGAAAUUCUAUUGUAGUUGGUUUUUCGGUUUAUUAGCUAUAGAUCAAGUAAUUCCAGGGAAAUAUUUAAAAGGUGUUACAUUAAGAGAUGGUACUCAAUUAACUUAUAAGAUCAAUGGGAUGAAUUUAUUGAUGUUUUUACUUGUAAUUGAAGGAUCAAGAUUAUUCUAUUUACCUGAAUUACCUGAAUUGAAGUUCAUUUAUGAUCACCAAUUACAAUUGACUUUAGUAAGUAUCAUAUUUUCAUUUGUAUUGGCAGUGUUUGUAUACGUAAUGUCAUUUUUCCCUAAUUUAAAGAAAAAUGGUGUUAAUACCAAUGAAAAGAUUUUAGCUUUAGGUGGUAAUACCGGUAAUUUCAUUUAUGAUUGGUUCAUGGGAAGAGAAUUAAAUCCCAGAAUUGGUCCUGUGGACAUUAAAUUAUUUUGUGAAUUAAAACCUGGUCUUCUUUUAUGGCUUUUCAUUAAUUUAUCCUGCUUAUAUAAUCAAUACUUAAAUGGGAAAGUUACUGAUUCCAUGAUAUUGAUCAAUAUUCUUCAAGGUUGGUAUAUUUUUGAUGGAGUUAUGAAUGAAGAAGGUUUAAUCACCAUGAUUGAUGUAACCACUGAUGGAUUUGGGUUUAUGUUAAGUUUUGGGGAUUUAGCUUUAGUUCCUUGGUCUUAUUCUUUACAAGCAAGAUUUUUAAGUGCUCAACCUGUAGUUUUGGGUAAAAUCAGAUGUGUGGGGAUCUUAGCCGUAUCAUGUCUUGGUUAUUAUAUUUUCCAUUCAUCCAAUCUUCAAAAAUCCAACUUUAAGAGUGGUAAAUUGAACCAUAUGAAAUCUUUAAAGACUAAAACUGGUUCUAACCUUUUAAUUGAUGGAUGGUGGAAAUUAUCUCAACAUAUCAAUUAUUUCGGUGAUUGGUUGAUUGGUUUAUCAUGGUGUUUAACCACUGGGUUCAAUACUAUCUUGACCUAUUUCUAUAUAUUUUACUUUGCUGGGUUAUUAAUCCACAGACAAAUGAGAGAUGAUGAAAAAUGUAGUGAAAAGUAUGGUGAGAGUUGGGUUGAAUAUAAAAGGCAAGUUCCUCAUAAGAUUAUUCCUUAUGUUUAUUAG